AUAUAAAAACGAUCCUUGUAUUCCACGUCAGAACAAAAAGAGACAAAUGAAGAAGAAAUUUGUGAAAUGAAAGAAAUUCAAUGAAUCAAAUUUAUAGACUCAACACUCCCACUACUAAAAUUCAUUCAUUCCCAUUACUCCGAUUUCGAGCCUCUCUCUCCGUCACCGGCGAUUCAACCAUGUCCACUAACUCAGUCCGAGUCGCCGCCGCUCAAAUGACUUCCAUCACCGACCUCGCUGCCAAUUUCACCACCUGUUCUCGUCUUGUCAAAGAAGCUGCAUCAGCUGGAGCAAAAUUGCUUUGUUUUCCUGAAGCUUUUUCUUUCGUUGGUACUAAUGAUGGUGAUAGUGUUAGAAUUGCUCAACCUUUGGAUGGACCAAUUAUGGAUCAAUAUUGCUCUUUAGCCAGAGAUUCUAGCAUUUGGUUGUCACUUGGAGGGUUCCAAGAAAAAGGAUCUGAUCCACAACACUUGUUAAAUACACAUGUUAUUGUAGAUGACACUGGGAAGAUUCAAACUACUUACAGGAAAAUACACUUGUUUGAUGUAGAUGUUCCUGGUGGAAGGGUGUAUAAAGAAAGUAGUUUUACAGAGUCAGGCAAGGAUGUUGUUGCAGUAGACAGUCCCAUUGGGCGUUUGGGCCUUAGUGUUUGCUAUGAUUUGAGAUUUCCAGAUAUUUACCAGUUGUUACGUUUCCAACAUGGAGCGCAGAUACUGUUGAUUCCUUCAGCAUUCACUAAAUUGACUGGUGAAGCACAUUGGGAAAUUCUUCUUCGUGCUCGUGCAAUUGAGAAUCAAUGUUAUGUGAUAGCCGCAGCACAAGCUGGCGCACACAAUCACAAAAGAGAAAGCUAUGGUGACACAUUAAUUAUUGAUCCAUGGGGAACCAUUGUUGGUCGCUUACCAGAUCGUUCGUCUACAGGAAUUGUGGUAGCUGAUAUUGAUUUGUCGUUAGUUGAUUCAGUAAGAGAGAAGAUGCCUAUUGCUGAGCAAAGGAAGUCAUUUGAAUUCUGGAAAGCUUCAUCUCUAUAGUAAUUAUUUGGACCAAAGGGGUAUAGUUUUGAUUAUUCUGAGGAUGUUGUCACAAGGUUUGAUGUAUAAUAAGAUUGGAACCUAGUUAACCUCCCUAGUUUUUUGGGUUUUAGUACAUGAUUGGAACCUCCCUAGUUAACCUCCCCUCCCUCUUGAGGGGUAAUAAAAGGGAUUGUGUGCCAUAUAACCCAUUAUUCAUCACCGCCAUUGCGAUAAGAAUGCUCAUGUUGUCUUCAAAACAGGAAAUAUCAUAUUGAACACACAUGGAAACACAAUAAAAUAUUAAGUACUCAAAAAACA